AUGGAGCGCAACGACAACGAACAGCAUCCUGCUGUGCUGGAUGACGAGAAGGAUGAUAUCGAACCCAACAAGCCGCUCCUAAGAGACGAAGAAAAGAUGGCGGAUACCGAGGGCCAGGUCCCACACCGGAAGCAAGAGCAGGAUGCAAAUCGGACGCGAAUACUGGCUUAUUUGGGGGUGUACUUCUUGAUCAACCUGAGCCUGACUUUCUACAACAAGCUGGUUCUAGGCUCGUUUGCAUUUCCCUGGAUCCUCACAGCGAUACACACCGGAACUUCAGCCUUGGGCUGUUCGAUCCUGCUGCUGCUCGGUCACUUCCAGUUGAGCAGACUGACUCUGCGUGAACACUUCGUUCUCGUCACGUUUUCGCUGCUAUUCACACUGAACAUCGCCAUGUCAAACGUCUCGCUGGAAAUGGUGUCGAUACCGUUCCACCAGGUAAUGAGAGCGACGACUCCCGUGUUUUGCAUUCUCAUCUAUCGCGUGUUGUACGCGCGGACGUACGCCACUGCCAUCUACGCGUCCAUUGUCCCGGUCAUUGUCGGAGUCGGUCUUGCGACAUUCGGCGACUACCACUUCACCGCACUGGGCUUUACUCUAACGUUGAGCGGCGUGGUGCUAGCAGCUGUCAAAACGGUGGUGACUAAUCGCCUGAUGACGGGACGGCUGAAGCUCCCGGCGUACGAGGUGCUGCUUCGCAUGGGUCCGCUAGCUGCGCUGCAGUCACUCCUCUACUCAGUGCUGACGGGCGAGUUCUCAGAGUUCCUGGCCUACGUGGGCCAAGGACAGCUCGAUGGUGGCCGACUUAUGGCGGUCGCGGGUAACGGCAUACUGGCGUUUGUCUUGAAUGUGGCCUCGUUCCAGACGAACAAAUUGGCAGGCGCGCUGUCGAUGACCAUCUGCGCGAACCUAAAACAGUGCCUGACGAUAGUGCUGGGCGCCGCAUUCUGGAACAUCCGGAUGAACGCGGUAAACGGGGCGGGAAUCCUGUUGGCGCUGGGUGGAGCGGCAUGUUCAGAGAAGACAUUCGAUGUUGACAUAGACGUCGCAUCCGAUAUCAACCAGAAGACCGCCAACACGCGUGGCUUCCACUUGCUCACAACAGCAACGGGCAACGACCUAAACGUCUGCCGCUUGGUGCUUUCAGCCGCCGUCCUUUCCUAUCCCCCCAACAAAACCCAUCUCGCAAAGGUCAGAGCUCCCUUGCGCUACUUCGACACGCUUCCGGCAUCGAGUGAUGACGACCUUGUCCUGAUCAUCGACGGGUACGAUGUCAUCUUCCAACUUGGCCCAGAUGUACUGCUCCAACGCUACCACGAGGUGGUCAAGGCCUCCAACGCACGGCUAGAAGAACAAUUCGGAGCAGACCAUGUCAAGAAAAUUAACAUGUACAAUACCAUUCUCUUCGGUCCCGACGUCUUAUGCUACCCUAUCGACUUCCGCCGGCCAGCCUGCUGGAUAGUACCGGAGUCAACACUGCCACGUGAUGCGUUCGGUUCAGAGACGGACAAGGAUGAUGAACACACACGGCCCCGCUGGCUCAAUUCCGGCACCGUCCUUGGUCCUGUCAAGGAUUUGCGCCGUCUUUUCCUGGCCACCAUGGACAAGGUCGACAAGACGUGGGACCCCGAGUUUUACGGACGCAAUUCAGACCAGAUGUAUCUGGCCGACGUGUGGGCUGAUCAAGAGUUCGUGCGCAUGACUUCGACAGGCAAGAACGCAACGUUCCCUCUCCCGGAUGCUGUCCCGGAUGAUGUCAAACCGAACAUUUUCACUCCCGAGCCAGAAGACCGGAGAAAGGCCGAGCAGCAUGUGGGCAUCGACUACGAGUCGCGCAUGUUCCAAACGGUUGCACUCUUCUACGAUAUCCUCCAGUGGGCCACCUUUGAUAGGCCCCGCACCUUCGUCACCAAAGACGAAAUCCAUCAAUUCUCGCUCAAGCUUCCCAAAGAUGUCGAGCAAUCGAAAGCUCCGUACCGCGCCCUCAACAAAUGGGGCUGGGGCAACGCCUGGCUGAAGCGUAAAACGUGGAAAGACGUCUCCCUCGGCAUCAACACGGUGACAAAAAAACAUCUGCUGAAGGCUGAACCUGAUCGCGGGGUCAUCACUACGAUCGAAGGGAUCAACUGGGUACCGUACCUGCCGUAUGGCAAGCAAAGUGCGAGAGAAGACGCCUGGGCUGAUCAGGGAGAACUCUUGAAGUGGGAUGGGCUAUGUGGCGAACAUGAACAUGCGCUGUACAAGGGAUGGAGGCAACCUCCCCCAGAGCCGGAACCUGAACCAGAGCAGGAAGUGAAGCAAGAGGAGAACGUAGAAGAGAAGGAGGAGCAAUAG